AUGAAAACCGCUCUUAUCACAGAAUGUUCCUCCGGUCAUUUUGGCUCGAACUGUUCCGAAGUGUGUCACUGUCAUCAAGAAGAGUGUGACCAUGUAAAUGGAAGGUGUGACCACGUUGGAUGUCAGGCGGGCUGGUCGGGUCAGUCCUGUAAUAAACAGUGUGUCAAUACUACGUUUGGACGAGACUGUAAUCAGACCUGUCAUUGUGCUAGCUCUCGUUGUAACAGGACGGAUGGUGUAUGUUCUGUACCAGGAUGUACAGAAGGAUGGAUGGGAAACACAUGCAGUCAAGAGUGUGUCAAUACUACGUUUGGACGAGACUGUAAUCAGACCUGUCAUUGUGCUAGCUCUCGUUGUAACAGGACGGAUGGUGUAUGUUCUGUACCAGGAUGUACAGAAGGAUGGAUGGGAAACACAUGCAGUCAAGGGUGUGUCAAUAAUACGUUUGGACAAGACUGUAACCAGACCUGUCAUUGUGGUAACUCUGACUGUGACGGGGUGAGUGGGGUAUGUACCAUACCUGGAUGUACGGAAGGUUGGAGUGGAGACACAUGUAGUCAAGGGUGUGUCAACAUUACGUUUGGACGAGACUGUAACCAGACGUGCCAUUGUGCUAACCCUGGCUGUGACAGGACAAAUGGGACAUGUAAUAAACCUGGAUGUACCGAAGGUUGGAAUGGAGACACAUGCAGUCAAGCAUUACACCAAAAGUCUUCAGAAAGCUCGCCUGGCAGUAGUGCCCUGGUAGGAGGAAGCGUGGCCGCCGUUGUUGCUGUUUUGAUAGUCAUUUUGAUCGUGGUUGUUUUUGUACGGAAACGCCGAAUACCAAGUAAGGAAAGACCUGUGGGUGACAAUUAUAUCUCAUCGGAUAAUCAUCCAGGCACUAAGGGGGGUGAAAAUGUCUAUGUAAAUAUUGUUACUAAGGACACAAGGAAAAGACCAUUCGAAGUGAAAACACCAAAAGUGAACGAAACUGAUAUUGACGAGGACGAGGUUAUUUAUGCCAAUGACCCAAAUGACGCCGAUGUUCGAGCAGAGACAAAGCUCAUGGUGUCUGACUUCAAGGAAAUUGUUACAACCAAACAUGAAAAUGAUAUGUUCGGAGUGGAAUAUAAGAGCUUACCGCACGGCUUGAAACAUCCACACACUAAUGCAAAGCUGGAACAAAACUUACUACGUAAUAGAUUCAAAACUACAUUUCCAUAUGAUCACUCCAGAGUUGUUCUAAAGAAGGAGAAGAAAGGAAGUACCGACUACAUCAAUGCCAAUUAUAUCGAUGGUGUCCGUAAUCAGAAGAUAUACAUUGCUACACAAGGUCCAAAGACAAUGACACUAGAGGAAUUCUGGCGGAUGGCGUGGCAAAACAACUGUGGAAAAAUUGUGAUGCUGGCAAACCUGGUAGAAGUUGGCAAGGUAAAAUGUACAACCUACUGGACAGGAAGUGAUGGGAAUCCCUUGGAGCUAGGCCUCUUCCAAGUGACACUACAGGAGGAGGUGGCGUACGCCUUCUAUACCACCCGGAAACUCGUAGUGAAAAACAAACAGACAAACAGCACCAGACACAUAUCGCAGUACCACUUCACAAGAUGGCCAGAUCACGGAGUACCGGAACCUUUCGAGCUCCUCCAAUUUUACAAGCGUGUUAGGAGUGGCCAUACCGACCAUAAAGGGCCUUUAAUUGUACACUGCAGCGCUGGUAUUGGACGAACAGGUAGUUUCAUUGGACUAGACGCUUUGUUGCUGGAAGGAAACACCAGCGGAGAAAUUGAUGUUUUUGCCUACACCGAAAAAAUGCGGAAAGACAGAAUGAAUAUGAUUCAGACAGCGGAACAGUAUGCGAUGCUUCAUGAUGUUUUGUUGGAAGGCUUAACAAUCGUGACGUCAAGCAUGUCAAAGACAGACUUCAGUAUGGUCACCAACAACACGGAUGAUGAUAUACCCAUCCAACAGUAUUCAUUGCUGAACUCAGCAAGACCUGCAUAUAGUACCAUUGAGUACAAGACAGCACUUCAGAACAAGCAAAAGAACCGCGAUCAGUCUAUCUUGGCAGUUGAAAAGUACAAGAUCCGCUUAAUGACAACCGCAUCAGGGUAUAUCAACGCCGUCAACAUACCGGGUUAUAGAAUCCCUUACGGAUACAUACUUACCCAGCAUCCUCUCGACAACACCGUCAUUGACUUUCUGUCUUUGAUAGCACAAGAACGAUCGAACACAGUGGUGUCUAUUGGUCUUCUACAGAAUAAUCCAUGUUGGCCUACAAAGCAUGGAUCACAGGCAAAGUUCGGCGACUUCAUCGUUACAAAUGUUCACUGUGAUCAUCAUUCUGUUGGACCCGAACGUGUAGAAGAACGACACCUGACAAUAGUAAACAAAGAAACCGGAACCGACACAAAGAUUUCCCUCUUAGAAACACCUUCGUGGGGCAGUUCAUCGCCGAAUUUCAGCUUUAUGUUGGAACUAAUACAAGUCAUUCAGUCUAGGCGGGGGAUAGAUGCAUCCCCGGUUAUCAUCACAUGCAGUAAUGGCGCUACAGAGAGCGGUCUCUUAUGUGGCCUUUGUAACGUGAUGGAACGCUUGGAGGUCGAUGGUGACGUAGACAUCAUGGCGGCGGCCAGACAGCUUCAGAUUCGGAGACCGCAGUGUUUCCCGAACAAGGACCAGAUCGUCUUUUGCUAUACGUUAGUGAAGGAACAUCUGGAGGCGAGCACGGUGUAUGCGAAUGUUUAAGGUUUAAAACAAACAAUGGAAACGUGUCAAUUUUAGACAAAUUAAGAAAACUCCAAUAUAAUUCCAGUUUAAUCGUAAACGAGGAUAAACAGAAUGUGGCUAGCAUCUGGUGCAUGCGCAUUUAUCUUGAUUAUAUGCAGACGACUGGCAACAUUUGGUAAGGAAACAUCGCACACAUCUCUCAUAAUGGUGACUUAAAACUGUACACCAAACUGAAAGAGUAUUGACAUUAUUUUGUUCAUAGUCCGGGUAUUUGACUAUGUUGUCUUUGAUAAUUUCCUCAAGAAAAGGGUUUUCCGCUGCAGGUACAACGUUUUUUCACAGAAUGCAAACCACAUUGACACCUUUGUAGUUCUGUUUAGUAUUUUUUAACUCAAAUUAGGUACGUAAAGCAAACAUUAGCACAUAGCAUAAUAUAAAAUAGUUUUACACGCUUGUUUUAAUUAAAAAAAAUCAUAGUUUUAAGAACAUUUCCUGAUGAAGGAUUUAUUCAUUUGUCGUUAUGACUAGGUUUUGUGACGUCAACGUAAGUAAACUGAUGUCGAUUUGAAAUCAUGACAGCGGUAUUAAAUGCAUUAUUAAACAUUGUUUAGAAAUGAAUUCGAUUGUGGAAACAUUGAAAUAAGUCUAUUUGCUUCAAUAGAUUACCUCGAUGAAAACACAAAUCAAUUGGAUACGUGUUUUAAUUACAUUUUUAUGUAAAAAAAUACCAGUUUGGUAAAAAUAUCUAUUUUAUUUGACCAAUCAAAAUGGUGUUUUCCAUUUAUCGCAGAAGAUUCUCUGUUCAGCUGCAAAUGAAGCGAUAGUAUAUUAUGUGGUUGUUUUUGUACAUCAUUGGUUUAUAUACAAAUUUUAAGCUUAUAACUCAGCACAUUUUUUUUAGCAAUAUUUGCGUCGUUCUACUAAUACAAAAACAGAUUUGUUUGUUUUCCCGUUAAAUUGCAAAUGUAUUUUUCUCGUAUGGCACAAUAAACGAAUGGUUUGCUGUCGGUAUUCUGCCAUACUCGUAAAAUGUAUAUGGUAUUCAAGGGAAAACCAUUUAACAUCCUCUAUUGAUGUGUACAAUUAUGUAAGUAUUUGAUAUAUCUUUUAAGUUUAUCAAUGAUAAAUCUUAAAAAAAUAAAAACUUCUUUUUAGUCACCGCAUACAUUCAGUUAAGUAAACAUGAAAGCUGAUACAUUAACGCGGGAUGUAUUUCUAAGAAAUAAACAUG